UCUAUUAGAAACUUUUUUUUAAACUGUAUUUAAACUAAAGAGGAAAACAGUUUGGGCUUAAAGUGAAGCUGGUGAGGCUGAAGUUCUUGUAGAUUAAAGUUUGAAACAGGGAAGACUUUCUGGACUGACUCGACUUCUCAGACUGCUGAAAGUGAGAGCAAAGCUGGUCAAACAGCCUUCAGAAAGGACAGUGUAGUGGAAAGACAAAAUGGCUUCUAAACUUGAAGAGGAUCUCUGCUGUCCUGUGUGCUGUGACUUCUUCAAGGAUCCUGUCAUUUUGACCUGUGCUCACAGUGUGUGUAAAGCCUGUCUGCAGCAGUUCUGGGAGAGCAAAGGAUCCAGAGAAUGUCCCUACUGCAGGAGAAAGUGCUCAAAGGACUCCUUCCUUUCUAACAUGGCGUUAAGGAACCUGUGUGAGGCCUUCUUACAGGAGAGAAGUCAGAGAGCUUCAGCAGGGUCUGAGGCGCUCUGCAGUCUGCACAGUGAGAAACUCAAGCUCUUCUGUCUGGAGGAUAAACAGCCUGUGUGUGUGGUGUGUCGAGACUCCAAAAAACACACCGGCCAUCAGUUCCAUCCUAUAGAUGAAGCAGCACUUGACCGCAAGGAGGAGCUGAACAUUACACUGCAGUCCUUACAGGAGAAACUGAAGGCCUUUCAGGAGGCGAAAGUCACCUGUGAUGAAACAGAAGGACACAUUAAGACUCAGGUCCAACACACAGAGGAGCAGAUCAAGAAGGAGUUUGAGGAGCUUCACCAGUUUCUACGAGAUGAAGAGGCAGCCAGGAUAGCAGCACUGAGGGAGGAAGAGGAGCAGACGAGUCAGAUGAUGAAGGAGAAGAUUGAGAAGAUGAGCAGAGAGAUCUCAUCUCUUUCAGACACAAUCACAGCCAUAGAAGGGGUGAUGGGAGCUGAUGACAUCACAUUUCUACAGGUAUUCUUGUCAGUGAAUCUCUUUAGCAUUAAAGUCUGAUUUUAAAGACCACCUC